CAGUUGUAAUAAAAAAAUUAAAUCGAUAUUUUUGAUAUACUUAAUUUUUUGAUUUGGAAAGUUUAAUACAUUUGCUGUGUGAAUGUACGGUCACAUUGCAUUCGUAUCGACGACGACGAGCAUGUCAGGCGAUUUGUUACGCGUAUGAGAAUAGAAAAUAAUUAUAAUAUAGAAAUAUAUGUGGGCAAAAUGAACACGUAUUAAUUUAUAAAAAUCGUUUAACUCGACAUCAAAAGCUGAAUAAAUCUGGUGUGUUGUGUUUGUGUAAAACAAGACCAUUGUCAAGCUUUUGAACAUAGUUAUAUGUGAUUUAUCAAGAAAAAUUUUGACACAAGGCACGCACACACAAUCGCUUUAUAGAAGUAGUACGUGUACAUGUGUAUGCAGUUGGUUUAACCUUCGAUAACAGCUUAUCCAAAAAAUGCCGCUAAUUGCCUAUAAGGAACAACGCAUUCUCAGUCCCCAGCAACUGCGCAAGCUUAGUGAACAUAAAUACUCCUGCUUCAGCGCAAGUUUGCUGGAUCCUUUGCUCCAGCCGUGGUGGAAUUGGUUGGUCUCCCAAACCCCACUUUGGCUGGCACCCAAUCUGAUAACAAUCGUCGGUCUAAUACUCAACAUUGUGACAACGUUGAUAUUAAUUUGCUAUAGUCCAAAUGGAGUCGAGCCGCCGCCACGUUGGACAUGCCUUCUCUGUGCUCUGGGUCUCUUUGUCUAUCAGAGUUUAGACUCUAUAGAUGGCAAGCAGGCACGGCGUACUAACACCUCAUCACCAUUAGGUGAACUUUUCGAUCAUGGCUGUGACUCCAUAUCAACUAUAUUUGUAGCGCUUUCCGCGUGCAUAUCCUGUCAAUUGGGUCACUACCCAAACUGGCUGUUUUUUCAGUGCUUCUGUGCCAUAGCAUUAUUUUAUUGUGCCCACUGGCAAACUUAUGUAUCUGGAACGAUGCGCUUUGGACGCAUCGAUGUAACUGAGGCACAAUUUUCGAUUAUUGCCAUACAUUUAGUUUCAGCCCUGUUGGGACCCGAGAUUUGGCUGACAAAGAUGCCUUAUCUUGAGUGUGAAACACGCUGCUUGCCGUUUUAUAUGGCCAGUGGAAUCGACUUGAGUUUAGCAUUACGUUACUCGAAAUCCAUUUUGAACGAAGGCUGUGGAAAGAAUGGAUCAUCUGUUGCAGGUACCAGUGUGCUAUCGCCAAGUAUACCAUUGACUCUAGUGGUUUUGCCGGCGCUCAUGAUCGCACAAAAAUCCCCGGAAAAUAUUUUUACGGAGCAUGCUUCGGUUUUUAUUUUGGCCUUUGGCAUGGUAGCGGCUAAAAUUACUAAUAAAUUGGUGAUUGCGCACAUGACGAAAGCUGAGAUGGAGUAUUUGGACUGGUCUUUACUGGGUCCUGCACUAUUGUUCCUUAAUCAGUACUUUAAUUGUAUUGUACCAGAGAUUUGGUUGCUUUGGUUUACGCUAGCCUGGGGCACCCAAGACUUAUUGCGUUACUGUGCUCAAGUUUGUUUAGAGAUUUGCCAGCAUCUGCGGAUCGACCUUUUUAGAAUACCGCAUGGCCCCAAGCUAUUGAACACCAUUUCGGUGGGCAGCCAGAUUAAUUUUGGAGUCGACAAAAAUGGUAGCACAUCACACCGAAAAUCUAAAAGCAAAGUGCACUAGAAGCUUUAUGUUGCAUCGGUUUCAUUCAAAUUCAUACACAUAUUUCAAAUAGUUUCGGUGUUAGCGGAAGUUUUAAACAUUUUUAAAAUUAACCAAACAAAAUUUACCGUCGAAAUGUUAAAACAUAACAAAUAAUAGUAUAAUUAAUUUAUAAAUGUUGUAACCAAAAAGAAAAAAGAACUGG